UGAAACAAAUGCAACAACUGAUUGUCCUUAUUGUGAUUAUAAAACAACUGAUAUUGAACAAUUUAAACUUCAUAUUAUAGCUCAUAUACGUGAUAAAAAUUAUCGAUGUUUAUUAUGCAAUCGUUUAUAUAAAUAUAGAGGUGAUUGCUCAUUUCAUAUACGUCGUAAACAUCACCGAUAUAGUACAAAUUCCAACGAUUAUAUUCAACGGUUUUUAUUUGAUACAACUGAUGGCGAUGAAACUAUGUCAAAACAAUCCGGUGGACAACAUGGAACAUCAUUAAAUAGUUCAAUUCAUAAUAUAAAUACAUCACGUGAACAAGAUGAACCUGUACGAUAUUUUGGUUGUCCUUAUUGUGAUUAUACAUCAAAUUAUGGUGGAGAUGUUCGAAAACAUCAAGCACGUAAACAUCCAAAUGUUGAAUCAAAAGUUAUAAAAAUAAUUCGACAAGAUGCUGAACAUCAAAUGUCUUCAUCAUCAUCAAAUAAUAAUAAUAAUAAUAAUAAUAAUAAUAAUAAUAAUAUUAUUAAGUCUAAUAAUAUAUCAAAUGAUGAUACUAUUGAUGAUGAUAAUCAUGAUCAAGAUAAUACAAAUAUAAUAACUAAAUCAAAUAUUAAUUUAAUUGAACAACAAGAACGUAAAGAAAAAAUAAAAACAAUUAAAAAAACUGAUGCAAAUUUUAUUCAACAACAUUCAUCAACAUUAUCAAUAUUACCAAAUUUUGCACCUGUUCGAGUUUUUCAAUGUAGUUCAUGUCAUCAACAAGGAACAUAUAAAUGGGUUGUUGAAAGACAUAUACGUGCUAAACAUCCGGAACAACCCGAUGUACAUGUUAUUGAAUUACCAGCUGAAUUAGCUGUUAAAUUACAAAAAAUAACACCACCAUUAAAACGUUUUCGUUGUUCAUUAUGUCCAUUACAAUCGAAACAUACAUGGGUUAUUAUUCGUCAUAUUAAACAUUUUCAUACAUUACAAACAGCAUCCGUUCUAGAUAUACAACCAGAUGGAACACCAAUAAAUGAUGAAUCAUAUUCAUUUCAAAAUGGAGAUCUUUCAAAUAAAUCCUAUAAUCAUGAUUCUGAAUCAUCAUCAAUAAGUAGUUCAUGUAUGGAAACUGGAACUGAUGGACAAAAUGAUUUAUUUCGUCAACAAGAUGUUGAAGAUGAUGAUGAUGAAAAUGAUAAUAUUCGUACAGCAUUAAAUAAUAAUUCAAAUAAUACAAUGAUAUUAACAUAUAAAUGUUCAUUAUGUGAAUUUACAUCAAAUAUUCCAUGGAAUAUUCAAAAACAUAUCAAUGAUGUACAUCCAGGACAAUCAAAUGCUCAUAUGUUAACACAAUAUCGAACAACAAUAAAUGAUAAAAAUCAAAAAUUAACAACAAAAAAAUCUAAACAUAAAAAUGGUAAUCAAACAACAAUAGCAACAGUAACAAAAAUACCAAUACGAGCUCCAUUAUCUCCAACAAGUGCAUUAGCUAAAGCAAAAUUUUCACCAGCUGUUGAAGAAGCUUUACUUUCAUUACAAGGUGCAAAAAUAAAUGGUGGUCUUUAUGCUGUACAACCAAAAUUUGGUAUUAAACGUUUAAAAUGUCGUCAUUGUUUUUAUCGUUCAAAUUGGAAAACUGAUAUGAUUCGACAUGUAAGAAUACGACAUAAUUUAACUGAACCUGAUCAUAAUAAAGAUAUGAUUCUAAUGAGUGAACAAGAAGCACGUGGAACAAUUGAAACAUAUGAAAAUACAUUUGGAAAAGAAUUACGACGACGUACAUUUCGAACAUGGAAUGAUUGGGCUAAAGCUGAAGAAGAAUUUACACCUAAAGAUGGUUCACUUCAAUAUAGUGAUACUAAUGGUGAAACAUUAUCUAAUGAUAAUAAUAAAUUGAAGAAAAAUUCUCUAACAACUGGACAAAUAACAUCAUCAUCAUCAUCAACGACAACAAAUAAUGAUGAAGUAAAACGAAUAAAUAAAACUAAAGUUAAACAUACAUCUAAAAUAAUAACACAAAAUAAUACACAAUCAUUAUCAAAUACGAAAGAAUUUAAACAAUUACCUAAUCCAUCAAAUAUUGUUUCACGUCUUCUAUUAACAACAUCACCUUCACACAAUAAUGAUGAUGAUGCACCAUUAGAUCUUUCACUUAAAUCAUCAUUGAAUACUAAAACAAAUCAACAAUCAUUAUCAUCAAAAGAAAUCAUACAACAAAAUGGAGAUAAUAAUAAUCGAGAAAAACAAAAUAUGGAUGAUGAUUUAGAUGAUGAAGAUGAAGAAGAAAAUUCUGAUGGAACAUCAACUGUUACAUAUAUAUGUUCUGUGUGUCCAUAUAAAAGUUCAUAUUUAUCUUCAGUUCAACGUCAUUUAACAAUUCAUUUAACUGGUAAAGGUAUUAUUUGUCCACUUUGUUCUUAUGCAACAUCAUCUCAUAAUUCAAUGAAUCGUCAUAUGAAAAUUGUACAUCCAACUAGUCAAACAAUAAUUAAAUUUCAAUCAGCAACUCGAAUAACAAAUGCAAAUAUAAUCGAACAACAUCCAUGUCCAUUAUGUUCAUAUCAAUGUGAACGUUCCGAAGCAUUAGAUCUUCAUCGUCGUCUUGAACAUGAUGAUGAAGAAUUUGAUAUUGAUUCAUCAUCAAGUACUGGUGAUGGUGAUAACGAAGAUGAAAUAGAUAAUGAUGAUAUGCAUGGAUCCUUCGAUAAAAAUAAUAAUCUAUUUCAAUGUCCAAUAUGUACACCUUCGUCAAAUACAAAUAAUUAUUCAAAUCUUGAACAGUUUACAAUGCAUGUAUUUACUCAUCAUAAUAAUUAUAUGCAUAACAAUCAAUCAUGCCCAUUUUGCUCAUUUAUUGCUCAUACAACAUCAAAAUAUACAUUAACCGAACAUAUAAAACUUCAUUUUAAUGGUACACUUGUUCAACCAGAUCCAGUUGUUGGUAUUGAAAAUGUAAAAGAGUUAUUAAUUGAAUAA